AUGGCUACAAAGGAUUUUAGAAAGAUUAACAUUGACCAAUACGAUGAGGAUGUGCUGCUCGAAGAGGACCUCUAUGACCACGAUCCUCGAGAUCCUGCCACCGUCCUUGCAGAAACGAAACAAAAAGCUGCAGCCGUCAGAGGAUUGAUAGCAAAGGGAGAUAUUGCAGGCGCUCUAAGCAGCGUGCUCGAGAAUGCACCAUAUGGGCCUAAAGUAGACGAUGCAAAGACAAUCUUACUGCUUCUCAACUCGACAAAGACAGCUGAUAUCCCCUCGACAAUCAAAGCCCUCUCUUCAGACGCGCAAGACACGCUCAUGAAGUACCUUUACAAGGCAAUGGCCAUGCCUGGGUACGCAGAUGUCAACAGCAGCGCAUUGCUUACUUGGCACGAGAAGUUGACAGAUGCCGCGGGUAUUGGGUGCAUUACCCGCGUUAUGACCGAUCGGAGAACGGUGUAG